GGGGCAGAGCCCGGUGGGAGCGGCACUGAAGGGGGCAGAGCCCGGUGGGAGCGGCGCUGAGAGUGGGCAGAGCCCGGUGGGAGCGGCGCGGAGGCCCGGUGCCAGUCUGUCGGGCGUUUGCUGCCGGGCGGCGGCGGCGGCGCGGCCGGGAUGGUGCGGACGAAGGCGGACAGCGGCAGGAGCUACCGCAAAGUGGUGGUGGCCCGGGCUCCACGGAAGGUGCUGGGCUCUAGCGGCGUCAACGCGGGACCGUCGCCGGCCGCCAAGAGAGGCGCUGCUCCCCGCAACCCGGUGUGCCUCCGGCCCGCACCCGCCUGGCAGAGGGGCAUCGGCGAGUUCCUGCAGCGCUCACGGACGGAGAAGCGGGCGCCGUGCGGAGAGCAGGCGGCGGGCCGCGGGCUGCGGGCGGCCGCCAAGCGAGCUUGUCCCCUGCCAGAAGCUCCUGCAGAAGAUGGGGACUCAGCUGGAGAGGAGCAGAGCUGACCUGCCCCUGCUGCAGCCACCUGGGGUGUGUUUGGGUACUUCUUCACACGUUGUUAUAGCUUUAUCCUUCAAGGAUGAGUUUGAGACACUGCCAGAAGUUGGUGGUGAUAUGAAAAGCACUUGUUGAAGCUCAGAGUUCAGUAAAGGCCACUGUUUGUGUUUUUA